CUUCGAGAUGCCUGGGAAGAGAGGCUGGGGCUGUUGGUGGGCCCGGCUGCCCCUCUGCCUGCUCCUCAGCCUUUAUGGCCCCUGGGUGCCCUCCUCCCUGGGGAAGCCCAAGGGCCACCCCCACAUGAACUCCAUCCGCAUAGAUGGGGACAUCACUCUGGGAGGCCUGUUCCCUGUGCAUGGCCGCGGCUCAGAGGGCAAGGCCUGUGGAGAACUGAAGAAGGAGAAGGGCAUUCACCGGCUGGAGGCCAUGCUCUUUGCCCUGGAUCGCAUCAACAACGACCCGGACCUGCUGCCCAACAUCACGCUGGGCGCCCGCAUUCUGGACACCUGCUCCAGGGACACCCACGCCCUGGAGCAGUCCCUGACCUUUGUGCAGGCGCUCAUCGAGAAGGAUGGCACGGAGGUCCGCUGUGGCAGUGGCGGCCCGCCCAUCAUCACCAAACCCGAGCGCGUGGUGGGUGUCAUCGGUGCUUCCGGGAGCUCGGUCUCCAUCAUGGUGGCCAACAUUCUGCGCCUCUUCAAGAUUCCCCAGAUCAGCUACGCCUCCACGGCCCCCGACCUGAGCGACAACAGCCGCUACGACUUCUUCUCCCGCGUGGUGCCCUCGGACACGUACCAGGCCCAGGCCAUGGUGGACAUCGUCCGUGCCCUCAAGUGGAACUAUGUGUCCACGCUGGCCUCGGAGGGCAGCUACGGCGAGAGCGGCGUGGAGGCCUUCAUCCAGAAGUCGCGCGAGGACGGGGGCGUGUGCAUCGCUCAGUCGGUGAAGAUCCCUCGGGAGCCCAAGAUGGGAGAGUUCGACAAGAUCAUCCGGCGCCUGCUGGAGACCUCCAACGCCAGGGCGGUCAUCAUCUUCGCCAACGAGGACGACAUCAGGCGUGUGCUGGAGGCCGCACGGAGGGCCAACCAGACCGGCCACUUCUUCUGGAUGGGCUCCGAUAGCUGGGGGUCCAAGAGCGCUCCAGUGCUGCACCUGGAGGAGGUGGCUGAGGGGGCCGUCACUAUCCUCCCCAAGAGGAUGUCCGUGCGAGGCUUCGACCGCUACUUCUCCAGCCGCACGCUGGACAACAACCGGCGCAACAUCUGGUUUGCCGAGUUCUGGGAGGACAACUUCCACUGCAAGCUGAGUCGCCACGCGCUCAAGAAGGGCAGCCACGUCAAGAAGUGCACCAACCGCGAGCGCAUCGGGCAGGACUCCGCCUACGAGCAGGAGGGGAAGGUGCAGUUUGUGAUCGACGCCGUGUACGCCAUGGGCCACGCGCUGCACGCCAUGCACCGUGACCUGUGUCCUGGCCGCGUGGGGCUCUGCCCGCGCAUGGACCCCGUGGACGGCACCCAGCUGCUCAAGUACAUCCGCAACGUCAACUUCUCAGGCAUCGCGGGGAACCCGGUGACCUUCAACGAGAACGGGGACGCGCCCGGACGCUACGACAUCUACCAGUACCAACUGCGCAACGGCUCGGCCGAGUACAAGGUCAUCGGCUCCUGGACUGACCACCUGCCCCCCAGAAUAGAGCGGAUGCACUGGCCGGGCAGCGGGCAGCAGCUGCCCCGCUCCAUCUGCAGCCUGCCCUGCCAGCCGGGCGAGCGGGAGAAGACCGUGAAGGGGAUGCCCAUCGGCUUCCCCAUGUACACCACCUGCAUCGUCUGGCUCGCCUUCAUCCCCAUCUUCUUCGGCACCUCGCAGUCGGCCGACAAGCUGUACAUCCAGACCACGACGCUGACGGUCUCGGUGAGUCUGAGCGCCUCGGUGUCCCUGGGAAUGCUCUACAUGCCCAAGGUCUACAUCAUCCUCUUCCACCCGGAGCAGAACGUGCCCAAGCGCAAGCGCAGCCUCAAAGCCGUCGUCACCGCCGCCACCAUGUCCAACAAGUUCACGCAGAAGGGCAGCUUCCGGCCCAACGGCGAGGCCAAGUCCGAGCUCUGCGAGAACCUCGAGGCCCCCGCGCUGGCCACCAAGCAGACCUACGUCACCUACACCAACCAUGCGAUCUAGCGAGGCCCCUGGAGCCGAGCAGGAGCAGGAGAAACCCGAUCUGCGCGGACGGUGCAUUGGGCCAGGGCCACACCCCAGGGCCCAGCCGAUGUCCUGCCUGCCCGUGGGUGCCCACGGACGUGGCUUGGUGCUGGGGACACAGAGCCCCCAGCUGUCACUGCUGGGCAGCUGGGCAAGCCAGGUGGCCGCAGGAGGAGGACAAGGGGCCAGGGAAGCUCCAGGCCACCCCGAGAGCCUGCAUCUCAGACUACUGUCCCUCCUGGCCCCAGAUCACGGGCUCGGCGGGGGGGGGCCCCCGUGCUGGUUUUCUUUCUCCCUCUGUCUCUGUCUGUCCAACCAGUGCCCUCUGUGUUCCAUCUCUGUCCUCUCGCCUCCUGGCAUCACCUCCUUUUAUCUCUGCGUCCUCUGCUUUUUCUGUACCUUCUUUCUUCCCUGCUCCUGCCUCUGCCGCCCCCUCAUCCGCCCUCCCCGGGCCUCCUGCGUUUCUCCUGGUUCCCACCAGCGUCGCUCUUCUGUGUUUGCCUUCCCCGUCGUCCCCACCUGCAUUUCCAUCCGGCCUUUGCUCCCCUCUCUCCCUGCCGCCCCUUCCCAACCCACCAAAUCUUACAUGUCGCAAAAGAGAAAAACAGAAAAAAAAAAUCAAAACACAAAAAAGCCAAAACAAAAACAAAUCUCGAGUGUGUUGCAAAGUGCUGCGUCCUCCCGUGGCCUCUGUGUGUCCCCGCGGCCCGCGGCGGGCCCGCCUGC